UUUGAGGCUGACUCCAGGUUCGCUGCAGCUGCUAUACAAGGUGCCUCAUGCGUAUUCUCCCUCUGUUACUGAAUCCUCAUGGUCCUGCGCUAGGCAGCGAUCUGGGUCUACUUGUUAGCGAAUUGCGCACGUCAAGACUCUUGUUCUUCAACGCCACUUAGAUAACAACACCAAACGUCCGCAUACAACCUCACCCCUGCAUUUACCAUCUUGGAAGCGUCCCCGCACUUUCUGGUCCGAAACGCGAUAUCGCAGCCUGAGUAGACAUGGACAUCGAUGCCGGCUCGUACCCUCACGAGCUGUUAGCCCUGCUUAUCAGCAUCUCAGAAGCCGAUUUUGUGUCCCUCGACCUGGAAUUUACCGGCAUACCAUCGCGCAUGCCAGGGAAAGAGCCCUGGAAGCCUCGCCAGGGCCAGGGAAGGAGAACGCUUGAGGAUCGCUAUCAGGAAACCCGGACUGCUGCAGAUCGCUACAACAUUCUUCAAGUUGGUCUAACGUGUGCACGCUUCGACUAUAUCGACAACAACUACGUUCUAAAGCCAUACAACAUAUCACUCAGCCCGCUCCUCAACGAGAACUACAAGCUUGAUAUUGAGCGCGAGAUUCACAUCCAGAGUGGCGCCGCUACCUUUCUUCUAGGGCAUGGCUUUGACCUGGGCGCUGCUUUCUCUCAAGGGGUACAAUAUCUCUCGCGAGAAGAAGCCUACAACGUCCAACGAAGGGUGAACGAGCGUCUAGAUAGAAAGCCUGAAGUCGAAGACAUGCAGCUGAAACCAGGAGACGUUCAGUCUCUAGACUUCGUGAGACGCGCUCGGGACGCCAUUGUCGCUUGGAAGGUGAACCCAGAGGACAAGGACCCGCUGGAGAUUACGACGCAUACUGGCCUUCCCAACCCACCUCCAAAUCCCGCCAUAUCGCGAUUUGAAAAGCGUUUGGUCCACCAGCUCGUUCGAGCUGAAUUUCCACAUUUCGUCACGAUAGGAAGACAAGAAUGCAUUCGCAUCAUAGUUUAUGACGAGCAGCGGGAAGAGGAGAACAAACGCAACAUCAAAAAUCGCGUGAAAGAACACAUCGCCAAGCAGACAGGCUUCCGUUGGGUAUUCGAAGCCCUGGCAGCCGAUGGUGACAUCCACGAGGCAGACCCUUACUACUUCGGUCGAUAUACGAAUGCACCGAUCAUUGCCGAGGGUACGGACGCCAAGGAGCGAUUUGAUCGAGCUCAAGAGCGUCUUCACAAACACCAAACUGUGCUCGUGGGUCACAACAUGUUCACAGACCUCGUCUACUUCUAUCGUUCGUUUGUAGGAGAGCUCCCAGCCACCCUAGACGGCUUCCGCUCGGCGCUUCAUAAACUGUUCCCCAGGAUCAUUGACACCAAAUAUCUCGCAACACACGCCGAGGGAGACUUAAACGCGUCCCCAACGUUGCAAGAAAUUGCUGACAAGCUUAACAGUCAGCUACUCCCAGACAUUGUGACACACCCCAGGCACUCAAAAUAUCACAAAGUAGCCAUGUUCCAUGAAGCAGGCUACGACAGCCUGCUAACAGCAACAAUACUCCUACGUCUGUCCGCCAAAAUGAACGCCGACCGCCGACCGCCAGGCUCACAAAGCCCCUCAAGUCCAUCCAGAAUACCGGACGAUGCUUCAGACAUAAGCUUCAAGACUGCAGCGGAGCAACCACACAGCAAGUCUCAAGCACCCAUGCCGUUGACAGACCGACUUCGACCUCCACAAGCAGAGAUGUUGGUUGUCAAGAAGAAGGCGAAGAAGGGAAAGAAGGGCAAGAGCAAGUAUGACAUCGUCCCGGCGCAAAGCCGCUUCCAGACUCGUAAUGCCUUUGAGCAACUUAGCCUCGACGAGCAGGGAACUUCAUCGCCUUCGGACGACGACCAAGGCGGGGUCGCAGUUGACUCCAACACGAUGCCCUCGUGGCAGGACAAAGCAUCCGAGCCGGACACGGGCGGCUGGGUCCCCAUCGAACAGAAAUCACGCGAGCCUAUGGAAAUGAUACCAGCAUGGGACACCGAGUUCUGGCAGUCGUUUGGAAACACGCUGCGCGUGUACGGCACGGAGGAAGCGGUCUUGAAGAUCGCUGGGUGGGACAAAUGAUGCGGUACCAUUCAAGGAAACAUGCUGCCUCAGGAGUGGUAUCCUCGGGCGGAGCUCGGUCUUGAUACAGCGAGUUUAGCCGCAUCAUUGCGUGUUUGCCAUUUGAUGGUUCUAGACUAGGCGUGUCGUUGUGUAUUUGCUUCUAGCGAAUGGUCGUAAAUUUUAGUUUGCUACAAUUGCAAAAGUGAGAG